AUGGCUUCUUCCAAAAACACUGAAUCUUGUUCCCUGCUGUAUGAGAUGGCUUCUUUGCUCAACAUUUUGGGGCUGUCUUUGUGGCUUUUCUUGGCGGCAUGUCACUCUUCCAGAAAAGCAGUAGUCUCCCCAAACUCCACUUUCACCACUUUGGUCAUUGAUGGUUCAGUUUCAAUUGCAACCCCUGAUGACAACUUCAUCUGUGCUACAUUGGAUUGGUGGCCUCCUCAGAAAUGUGACUAUGGCACCUGCAGUUGGGGAAAUGCUUCUCUUCUCAAUCUGGAUCUCAGCAAUAAGAUUCUUCUUAAUGCCGUCAAAGCUUUUUCUCCCUUGAAAAUUAGACUUGGCGGAACACUGCAAGAUAAGGUGAUAUAUCAAACCACGGCAGAAGAUGCUAAUCUACUUCAGCAGCGACCGUGCAACCAGUUUAGCAAGAGCACGGACAUGUUUGGUUUCACUGAAGGAUGCUUAGCCUUGUCCCGAUGGGACCAACUCAACAGCUUCUUCAAAUCAGCAGGGGCUGAGGUCAUUUUCGGACUAAAUGCAUUAUAUGGAAGAACAAUCGAUUCAGGAAACAAUGCUUUGGGACCUUGGAACUCCAGCAAUGCUGAAUCUCUCAUAAGAUACACAGCACAGAAGAAUUAUCCUGUUUAUGGCUGGGAACUUGGGAAUGAAUUGAGUGGGAAUGGAAUCGGGGCAAGUGUAGCAGUUGAUCAAUAUGCAUCAGAUGUGAGUACUCUUCAAAAUAUAGUGCAAGAUGUCUACAGCAGCUCGGAGUUCAAGCCAUUAGUACUUGGUCCUGGAGGGUUUUUCGAUGCCGGAUGGUUUUCCAAGUUCAUCAGUGAAACCUCCAACUCUCUCCAAGUUGUUACACAUCACAUUUACAAUCUUGGUCCAGGUGUGGACGAUCGCCUAGUGGACAAGAUACUUGAUCCAUCAUAUCUGGAUGGUGGAUCACAGCCAUUCAUAGAUCUUCAAGGGAUUCUUCAAAGUUCAGGAGUUAAAACAAAAGCAUGGGUUGGUGAAGCUGGAGGAGCUUAUAACAGCGGGCGUAAUCUUGUUACGAACACUUUCGUCUUCAGCUUCUGGUACUUGGACCAGCUUGGCCUGGCUUCAUCUUAUGAUACUAAAGUUUAUUGCCGGCAGACACUGAUUGGAGGCAACUAUGGUCUACUCAAUACCACUACAUUUGUCCCAAAUCCUGACUACUACAGUGCUCUUCUCUGGCAUCGUUUGAUGGGAAUAAAUGUUCUCUCAACCAAAUUGACUGCAAUAAAGAAUCUACGAGCUUAUGCACACUGCUCAAAACUCUCUCCUGGAAUUACUGUGCUCUUCAUCAAUCUAGAUGGCAGUACAACUAUCCAAAUUGGACUUAGAGUUGAAAAUGCAACCAUCACAAACAAACCCAUCUUAAGGCGCAAUGGGAAUUUCACAAGGCUCAAAGUGGAAUCUAACAUGAGAGAAGAGUACCAUCUUACCCCAAAAGAUGGUGAUAUACAUAGCCAAACUGUGCUCCUCAACGGAAAAGUACUUACCAUAGAUCGUUCUGGGAACAUCCCUCCUCUGAAACCAGUUAAAGUAAACCCAUUGUCCCUAGUGACAGUUGCUCCUUUCUCCAUUGUGUUUGCUCACAUCCCCAACAUUCUUGUUCCUGCUUGUAAAGUAUAG